GCCCCUUCGGCGUGGACUUGCUUUCCACUGUUGGUGUCCAAAAUGACUUCAGAGUCGACUUCAGCUCACCAACGUUCCCCAUCUCCGGGGUCUCUCCAUCUGCCAGAAGGCCGCCGGACCAGGGAACGUUCUCCUUCCCCAAUGAGAGGUUAUCUCAUCCCAAGUCCAGUUCCGACUCGGAGGAACCGCACGUUUUCAGCGACAACACGAGCCGCUGAAGGGCCCACCUACAAUGGGGUGUGUAAAUGCUUCUGCCGAUCCAAGGGCCACGGUUUCAUCACACCUGGUGAUGGAGGACCAGAUAUCUUCGUCCAUAUUUCUGAUAUUGAAGGAGAGUAUGUCCCGGUAGCUGGUGACGAGGUCACCUAUAAGGUGUGCACUAUUCCACCAAAGAACGAGAAGCUGCAAGCUGUAGAGGUCAACAUCACUCACUUAGCUCCGGGCACGAAACAUGAGACGUGGUCGGGACAUGUGAUCAACUCCUAGAGGGAGUUCUGAAGCCAUGUUGACUGAAGAGGCUGGACUGCUCAAUCUUGCUCAGCAACCUAGAGUGACCACGCCUGAUGAGUUUUCUGCAGAUUGUGUCAUUGAAAACAGGGUUCCAAAGGUGGCCAGAUUAAACCUUUUUUUUUUU